AUGCCCGCAGAUCAGAAGAUGAAUGGAGAGCAAACAAGGCCAGAGUCGGCUACACAAGCUGCUCCUCGACAACAACUUCCUUCAUUAAGCAGUAUCUUUGGACCCCCAGCAGCUGGUCGACCAGCACACUCACCUCUUUCCGAACACACCAACACUUAUUCUACUACAACGCCCCGAGAGCGCACCCGUGCACCGUCGGGUGACAGGCACCAUUCGGCAUCUUACUUCCCUCAGACAUUGUCACCUUCUAUAACACAGCCUAGAAGCUACGAUAACAAGUUUGAAGCAGACCGACAGUCACUACAUGCUCUACCUCGAUCUUACUCUGGCUCAGCAUCGCCUAGGUACCGUGACGGGGAGCACUCUCGUCAGGAGUCCAUCGCUGAAGGACAGUCUGGUAGGUGGUCAGUACAUCAGGACAACCGACCAGAGUACUCUCUAGGAUCUCGAGAUGGAUCUUUCCGACCACCCCAAGAUCAGUUUCGACUUCAGUUCCCCGACAACAAGGAGCGUGUGGUUCCCACUUACAAUGGCCAACGGUCACCCCAAGGAGCCCCAAUUCCACCACCAACACCGAGCACUACAGCAACUGAGGGUGUCCCUUCAAAGGAUGGGCUGGGUCCUAAGAUUUGGACCGGAACACACUUUCUCCCUCGGUUUGUGAGGGCCACCGAAGUACCUGGAGAGGGAAUGUGCUAUUUCUAUGACGAUGGUAGCCAUUGCAAAACAGUGAUCGAUGGAGAGGCAGUGAAUGCCCAUUGGGGUGUCACCAAGGCUGGCAAGCCCAGAAAGCGACUCGCAAUCGCUUGCGUAACAUGUCGCGAGAAGAAGAUCAAAUGUGAUCCCGACUACCCCCGCUGUGUUCAGUGUGAGAAGUUUGGCAGAAUAUGCAAAUUCAAGAAUGCACCUCGAGGAGGACAUAAUACUUCUCCUUCAACACCACCGGCUGAACUUGACGAUGUCAGGAAUCUGGAUGGACCAUCAAGACCUCCUCAGAGUGAGAACAGCUCCCCAGUGUCUCCGCGCACCACCCUACGUCCAUCUUCACCCGACACUGGCUCUCACAAGAGGCUUCGAGUGGGCUACGAUAGCUACGUUGCGAUGGGAGAGCAAAUGCACCCAAUGCCCUCUGCUGAGCCCCCGAGACCUCCUCAGCUGCCUAUUCAGCCACCUGCCCUUGAGCUCCCUCGAAUCUCCGAAGACGUCCUUAACCAAGCCUGGAGGACUGACCCAUGCUUGUCUGACCCGCAGUCUAUCCGCUCAGUGAUCUCGCAUUUCUUUGUUCAUCUUGAUAGCACCAUGAUUGUGCGCUUCAUUCCCGAGAAUGUUUUCAAGACAUGGGUUAUGAAUGGACACCGAAAGUCCCCCGAAGACUUGAUGAUUCUGUACAGCAUUCUUGCUGUUGGCGUUGCUCUGUCUGGAGGACCCAAGGCAAUCGCUUUCGAAUACGCUUCUGUUGCUCACUACGCACAAAAGUCUACUACAUCUAACUGCAUUCAGUUGGUCCAGACAAGAAUUCUGCUAGCUCUCUACUACAUCUCCAUCUCUCGCUCAACCGAGGCUAGUGAGAUGAUCUCUGCAGCUGUCGCAACAGCCGCUUGCCUGAAGCUUCACGCCGAAAUCGAAGAGUCAAGGGAGGCCGGUCUCUCAUCUUUCCCAUUCGGUAUGAACAAGGCAGGGUACUGUGAAGCUAGGAGACGAACCUUCUGGUCUCUUUACAUGCUGGAACGACUUGAUGGCCGCUUCCCUGAUCGCCUCUCCAUGAUCAACGCUGAAGACAUCUAUACUCGCUUACCCGCAGACUCCCACAGCUUCGAGCGUGAAAUGGAUGGAUACGCCCCAAUCUUCAACCCCUACGUCUCGAGUUUCACAACUUCGCGUGAUCGCGAGUUGGGUAUUUCAGCAUAUCUGGUUGAGAUGGUCCAUUUGUGGUCCAGCGACGUGUGUCGGAUCUACAGAAUGGCUCGACGUGCGAACUGGAUGGAAGCGGAUCUGGACUCGUCUCAAAGAAUCCUCAAGCGUAUCCAGGAAUGGCGUAACGCCUUGCCUUCCCGUCUCGCUUUCACCGCAUCAAACCUCGAGUCCGCAGCACUGGCAGGAGAACUCGGCCCUUUCCUGACCAUGCAUCUCUUAUACAACCACGCCAUGAUCAAGCUCAACCGCCACACUCUCGCCGCUGGGCGUUCCUCACCUCAGACUGCUUCUCUUCACAUUCAGACAUGCUACGAGCAUGCGACUCAGGUCUUGGACAUGGCCAAGGCACUCGUGCGACUCCACCGCGGUGGCCAGACAGUCUUGAGCGCCCCGGCACCCGUUCUUGCAAUGGUGCUGACCGAAGCUGUCGAUGUUUUUACAGCCAGUGGGCGUCUGUCCCAUGUUAGCGACAUCAUCGAGAACGUGCACAUGGUUCAGGGUGUUGUUCAGGCCAUGUUUGCCAUCUGGGACAACGUGCGAGGCGCACAGGAGUUGAUUGAUGGUCGCAUUGGAAUGCUGCACCGCAUCCGAGACCGUGGCAGUCAGCCGGUUAGCCCAGUCGAAGGCUACCGCGUCUUCUACAGCUCCGAAGGGCGUGAAGACGAAAAGGUUCUUCGCUGGCAAAUCAACAACCCGAUGGAGAAGCUGUAUCCUAAGGAUAUGGAUACCAUUUACUCUACACUUUUUUAA